AAUAAUUAAUCAUGAAUACUUCUUCAGUAAAAGUCAUUCUCAACCUUAUCAACUUGGUAAAAUUGGUAAAUAUAGAAAUUUAGAAAACUAUAUAAAAGAUUAUUCUGCGCCAACUGUAUUAGAAGAAGUUCAAGAUUGGUUUGAUAGUCUGAUAAAAAUUAUCCCAACAUUUUCCCAAUAUAUAUCUUGA